AUAAUGUUUAGGUCGCCGGAAGUAGAUGCGGAGCAGGUCCGAGGAUGAAAUACAUUUCCAGCCCUGAGAACUGAAAAAUGCACCUCCAUUUAUAAUUUGCUUUCUCCUUUUGCUUUUGGAUGGAACUGAAACCUGGUUUCUCUAACUGAAAAUGUUGACAAGAAGAUUACAAUCCCUGCUUAAACCCUUGUCCAAUCCCCAUCUCCGUCUCAUGGCCACCGAGUCAACUCACCCCCAGCUUAGCAAGUCCCAAAACCCUCCUAGCCGCAUAACCCCAAUCGACCAAUCCGUUCUCCUCAGAGUCUGCACCAUCCUGUACCAACAGCAGAACUCACCUGACUCACGCCUCCACUCUUCCCUCUCUUCUUCCGCUUCCUCUAUCAACCCUGAAUUCUUCCUUCAAGUUUGCAACACUUUCCCUUACUUAUGGCGCCCCAUCUAUCGUUUCUUCCUCUACACCCAAAAACUCCCUCACUUCAUUCACAACUCCCUCACUUUCAACAAAAUGUUGGAUGUCUUUGGGAAAUCCAGAAACAUUGACGUUUUCUGGGAAACUUGUCAAGAAAUGGGAAAACUUGGUUUGGUUAAUGAUAAGACUUUUAGGAUAGCUUUAAGGACUCUAGCUUCAGCUAGGGAGUUGAAGAAAUGUGUGGAGUUUUUUCAUUUGAUGAAUGGGUUUGGGCUUGGAUACAAGUUGGAGACUUUAAAUAAGGUAGUGGACAGUUUAUGUAAAGAUAAGCUUGUGGAAGAGGCAAAGUUUGUGACUUUCAAGUUGAAAGAGUGGGUUAAGCCAAAUGGGGUUACUUAUAAAUGGUUGAUAUGGGGAUUUUGUGAUGUGGGUGAUUUGAUUGAGGCUUCAAAGAUUUGGAAUUUGAUGGUGGAUGAAGGGUUUGAGCCUGAUGUUGAGGUUGUGGAGACAAUGAUGGAGUCACUUUUGAGGACUAACAAGUAUGAUGAGGCAAUGAAGGUUUUCCAAAUGAUGAGAGCUAAGAGAAUGGAUGAUUUGGGGCUUUCAAGUUACAGGCUUGUUAUCAAGUGGAUGUGUAACAGAGGCAAGAUUGAGCAAGCCAAUGGGGUGUUCGAGGAAAUGUGCCAAAGAGGGAUCCAAGCAGAUAAUUUGACCUUGGCUUCGAUUAUUUAUGGGCUUAUAGCAAGAGGGAGGAUCAGAGAGGCCUAUAGGAUUGCGGAAGGGAUUGAGAAGCCGGAUAUCAGUGUUUACCAUGGACUAAUAAAGGGGCUUUUAAGGCUGAGGAAGGCAAGUGAGGCAACACAAGUGUUUAGAGAGAUGAUAAAGAGAGAGUGUGAGCCUAUAAUGCACACCUAUAUAAUGUUGUUACAAGGUCAUUUGGGGAAGAGAGGGAGGAAAGGACAUGACCCAUUGGUGAAUUUCGAUACAAUUUUUGUUGGAGGUUUGAUCAAGGCUGGGAAGAGGCUAGAGGCCACAAAAUAUGUGGAGAGAACGAUGAAAGGAGGAAUGGAGGUGCCUAGAUUUGAUUACAAUAAAUUCUUGCACUAUUACUCAAAUGAGGAAGGUGUAGUUAUGUUUGAGGAGGUGGGCAAGAAAUUAAGGGAAGUGGGGUUGUUUGAUUUGGCUGAUAUAUUGGAGAGAUAUGGACAGAAAAUGGCCACUAGAGAUAGGAGAAGAGACAGAGUGCAAUAGAGUCAUGCGAACCUUCUU